AUGUGCCUUUUCCUGACGAACCUCGAAAUCCCCAUCGUUACUACGGCGCUGAUGAGCAUCACCAAGGAAAUCGGCGGUCUGGACAAGGUCUACUGGAUUAUCGCGGGAUACAUGCUGGGCUACGUCGGUGUGCUUGUCAUUACAGCUAAGAUCAGCGAUCUAUUCGGUCGCAAAUCGAGCCUUCUGGCUGCUGUGGGCUGUUUCAUCGUGUUCUCUGGGGCUUGCGGUGGCGCGCAAACAAUCAACCAGCUGAUUAUCUUUCGCGCUUUCCAAGGCAUUGGAGGUGCUGGCAAUUACUCGCUGUGUACGACAAUUGUGCUUGAACUUGUUCCGCCGGCGAAGUAUGCGUUAUAUACCAGUUCGCUUUCUGUGGUCUACGCCAUCUCCCUGCUGCUGGGACCGAUCCUCGGGGGCGCCAUCUCAGAAACCAACUGGCGAUGGAUCUUCUGGUUGAACCUCCCACCUGCCGCCCUGGCCGGACUGGCGAUUAUUACCAUGCUCCCUAACCGAUUCCCAAAUCACCACAAACCUCGGACGACCGACAUUUCAUUCAAGAAUUCUCUCAUCGACGGUGUUCGACGGCUGGAUUUCAUUGGCUCGAGCCUGCUUCUCAUCGCCACUGUAUGUCUGGCCGCACCGCUGGAGGAAGCCAACCGGCAGUUUUCCUGGCGAUCUGCCUUUACAAUCGUGAUGCUGAUCAUUUCUGGUCUUUCCUGGAUAAUCUUCUUGCUAUGGGAGCGACGCGUGACGCUGUCGAAGGGACUGGUCGAGCCUGUCUUUCCCUGGCGAUUUGCGCAGAAUCGCGUGUGGAUGGGGAUGCUUCUUAAUGCCAUCUGUCUCGGCGGGACCUGGUUCGUCACAAUUUUCCAGCUCCCCCAGCGCUUUCAGAUCGUGAAUGGCCUCUCUCCCCUACAGGCCGGCAUCCGCUUCAUUCCCUUCACCGUGGCGGCGCCUAUCGGGUCUAUCAUGGCCCCCAUGCUGGCGAAGAUCUUCAAGCUUCCAGUGCUGUAUUUUGUCAUCGCGGCCUCUUUCAUCCAAGUCAUCGCUUAUGCACUUCUGUCGACCUUGCCCGAUGAUGUGACCAUCGCCGCGAAACAGUAUGGUUAUCAAGUCCUGGCCGGCUAUGGCUGCGGCAUCAACAUCGCCGUGUUAGUUCUCAUGACGCCCUUUACCAUCGAGCCGCAAGACAAAGCCGUGGCCAUGGGCGCCGUUGCUCAAUUCCGCGUCAUGGGAGGCACAAUUUGCCUCGCCAUUGUCACAGCCGCAUCGCAGGGAUUUCUCCGAUCGCGCCUCGGAAAUGAGCUUCCGCCCAGCCAAGUAGAAUCGAUUCUCCAAUCAACUGAGAUGCUCACUUCCCUUUCUCCGGCCGCUCAAACUCUCGUGCGCCAAGCGUACUCGGCCAGUUACAACCUGCAAAUGAAAGUCCUGGCCGGGUUUGCAGGGGGGCAGGUCAUUGCCUCGGGGCUGAUGUGGCAGAAACAGCAGGUGAUGGUCUGA